CCUUGCUCGAUUUCCAAAUAUGCUGAGUCUGAUACCGGUGAUUUUGGGUGCAUGUACAGGCUUCGUCUCCGCGACAGCUUCCACACCGCUCGUUCCACGUCAAUUCAGUGACAUCAACCCAACAUCAGGAUGCUCUUCCCAGUGCGCCGGUCUCGCUGAUCCCGUGCGUGCAGCAUAGUUAUUCCAUGCUGAUUUCGCAUAUAUCGAUCCCUGGCGCUCAGUCACAAAGCCCAUCCCUGGCGACUCUCUGCACAGCAACGAUCGUGGCCGAUCUCGCCACGUGCUACGACUGCAUCGUCGCGCAAUCCAACGGCGUGCUCACAGCUGACACGGCGCAGCUGGCUGUCAACGCCUUUGUGCAGAGCUGCCAGCUGCAAGGCAUCGCGCUCAGCUCGGCGACCGUCUCGGGCGCCUCGCUCGCGGGCACAGGACUCCCAGACACUACGGACCUGUCGGGUACUGGCUUUGCAGGCUCAACAACCUCGGUGUCGUCGACGAUUGACUCGACACCAGUGGUCGUGCCGACGCUCGCCCAGAGCACGACUGGUGUUACCUCUCAGACGAGCAGCUUCCCUCCAAGCUCCACGUCGGGAUCUACAAGCCCAGCCACCAUUCCUGGCUUGAAGGGGGGCGCUUCCUCUCUCACGAUUUCCAGAUGUACAUUUGGUUUCGCAGGGAGUCUUGGUCUUUUCCUAGUUAUUUAGCUCCAUGUGUUAGAACAGGAUGAGCGGUUGAUCGGAGUUGACAAGAUCUGAGCUCGGAGCUUUCGUUCAAUUGAAACUCAUACCAAAAUCUACCUCAUUACGUGCGUUGGAUCAAAU